GCAGAUUUGGUAUGCAUUCUGGACGAUUUACGGUACUUUAGAUUUGUACAUGUACUGUACGUUCGUACGUACUACGUGUGCAUGCAUCGAAUCAGGGACAACUCGGAGUUGUUACUUUGAAGUUUGAACAGGGAGGUGCUUUGAAUAAUUUGACUGUGUUUGAAGGUGUGGAAUCUGUGACUUGGACCUGGAAGGCUGACGGUGUUCAUACAAAAUCUCUGAUCCAGGGUGCUAUCUGCCAUUUGGACUGAAGAAAGUUUUUGGAGUGACAGGCGCUAUCUCCAGUGUAACAGUUGCUGUAUCUGGAGGAAGAAAAGUGUCGAGAGUAUACGAGCUUCUUGUGGAUCAAGGUGAUGAAGAGUGCAUUACUGACAUGCCAAACCAAUCAACCAAGAAAAGGGACGGAAGAAAAUGUACCAGAUCAAAGAAGAGAUCAAGGAUUUGCGAAUGUACAGAGUUCAUGCUGGUGGCAAGAAAAAAGAACAAGGUAAAGCAAGGAACAAGAAAGACAAGAACAACUAAAGAAGAUAAAACGUCAAAGAGAACCUUGCCAUGUCCAUCAAAUCAGGCUGAUGUUAAAAUGAAGCAUGUGUUCAAGAAGUGUAGAUCCAAAUGGCAGUUAGAAGAAGAAAUUUAUGAAGUAGUGGAUAAGUCUCCUGAAACAUUUCAAGAUCAUGUUGACCCAAAGGGAAAAAAACGUAGGCUUACGCUGGAGACUGAAGCAGUCGAGGUUUCCUGAUUUGUAAUGGACACAGUGUUGUACUUCGUACUCAAAGCUGGCAAGGUGUGUACAAGCAUUGCAUGAGUUAACUUCUUCAAUAGACUGCAAAGCACAACGUUGCAAAGCUCACUUCUAGAACCCUAGUCACCAAUGACAGUGCACCACCAUAUUCCUUUGCUCACCAGUUGAAACAAACUACCGCCCUCGAGUCAGAAGGCUGUCCUCAUCGUCCAACACACAGCGGUAACAUCACCCCAGGACUUCAGCCCUCCGGUGAUACCUGGUUCAGCGAAGACUAGGCCUUGGGGAGUGUUUACGGCUCUGUCACCAAAACAGCAUUGUGGCAGAAGUAUGGAACACCAGCAUAUACAUGUAAUGUAUCGGGACCUUUACAGGAUAACUUCUUCAAUAGACUGCAAAGCGCAACGUUGCAAAGCUCACUUCUAGAACCCUAGUCACCAAUGACAGUGCACCACCAUAUCCCUUUGCUCACCAGUUCAAACAAACUACCACCCUCGAGUCAGAAGGCUGUCCUCAUCGUCCAACACACAGCGGUAACAUCACCCCAGGACUUCAGCCCUCCGGUGAUACCUGGUUCAGCAAAGACUAGGCCUUGGGGAGUGUUUACGGCUCUGUCAUCAUAACAGCAUUGUGGCAGAAGUAUGGAACACCAGCGUAUACAUGUUAACUUCUUCAGAUGACUGCAAAGCGCAACGUUACAAAGCUCACUUCUACAACCCUAGUCACCACUGACAGUGCACCACCAUAUCCCUUUGCUCACCAGUUGAAACAAACUACCGCCCUCGAGUCAGAAGGCUGUCCUCAUCAUCCAACACACAGCGGUAACAUCACCCAAGGACUUCAGCCCUCCGGUGAUACCUGGUUCAGCAAAGACUAGGCCUUUGGGGGGUUUUUACGGCUCUGUCAUCAUAACAGCAUUGUGGCAGAAGAAUGGAACACCACCAUAUACAGGAUAACUUCUUCAGAUGACUGCAAAGCGCAACGUUGCAAAGCUCACUUCUACAACCCUAGUCACCAAUGACAGUGCACCACCAUAUCCCUAUGCUCACCAGUUCAAACAAACUACCGCCCUCGAGUCAGAAGGCUGUCCUCAUCGUCCAACACACAACGGUAACAUCACCCCAGGACUUCAGCCCUCCGGUGAUACCUCGUUCAGCGAAGACUAGGCCUUGGGGAGUGUUUACAGCUCUGUCAUAACAGCAUUGUGGCAGAAGUAGCCUCGAUCUCGACCAAGACAUUUUGAAUGCCACUCUGUAUGGCUCGGCAUACUUUUUUUUUUUAUUCAUACUAACGUGUGUUCAUGUCCAUUUUUCCACCUCUGACUUACAUUUAUUUUCUGAUACCAUGUUUCUGUGUGAUUUUAGUCUUAUUUUUACUGGUAUGACAAUGUAAACAUAUACUUUUGUUCCACACAAGAUAUUUUGGGAUUUUGUGUGCACUUCCAUGUAACUACAUGUAUUUUUAUACCAUAGUUUUUGUUUCUGAUUAUUCAAUUCCUUUUACGCUCUCAUUCCUUUAUAGUUGUAUCUUAUUUGAGACAGAGGAAGAGAUAGGGUGAAUAGUAGAGAGAGAGAGAGAGGGGGGGGGGGAUGCAGAAACAAAGCGCCAUUCAUGAUGAAUUUUAUUACAUUUGUGUUUUAACUUUGCACAUACAUUGCAAGAUUUUGGGAAUUUAACACGUUUAUUUUCUGUAAGUUUGUAAAUCCUUGUAUUCACACAGUGUUUUGAGUGAUAUAUUGUAAAGAUAGAUCUUAUGCAUGCUCCUUGGGGAAAAGAAGUUAUACAUGCAUGUCACUUAUCUUAUCUUGGCAUUACCAUAAUUCUUAUAUUGGUUGAUGUUGCUGAUAUAUGAAACAGAAUCUGAUGGAUAUCAUUGAUAACAGUUACUGUUUGUCUUCUUUUUUACAUCAGGAUAACAGAUCUUAGUAGUACAGCGAAAGACAAUUCACUGUAAUUUGUUAUAUUGUCAUAUAUUACACGAUUAUGAUUUUCAAUGGCACAUGUUUGUACACUACAAUUUUAUGUCUUUAGAGGUCACAUAUCCAGUAUGUUUCGUGAAUAGUCAAUAUUGGAUUAUGAUUAUAAUGUCAGUUUGUUUGCAACAUUUACCCCAUAUAUAGUGUUACCUUACGAUCAACUGUCAAUAUCUACUGCAUUCACUAUACAUAGCAGUGUCUUGCUUUCUGUAACAAAGAGGUAUAUAGGGCUGUUAGGGAUUAUCCAUAAUGUACAUUGUUUUUUAGUUUUAUUGUUAUUGUGUUUACCUGAACUUAUAUCUCAAUUGCUAUGUAGGGGGCCUUUCAUAUAAUCAGUAGGUAUCUUGUUUAUGUACCUGUUUUAUAUAUGUAUUCCAUUUCUGUUAAAUAUAUAUACAUGUUAAAAUGCCCUUUUCAGAGAUUUCUACAAUGCUGCUCUUUUCAGUAUGUGCUUUUAUUUUAGUAUAUCAAAUUUAAUUGGAUAUGCUGUUUUUAAAAUCUAUUUCUUUUAAAAUGUGUUUGAAGAUGAUAGGUGAUUACCAUAUUGCAUUGCGGUUCUUUUUUAGAUCGCCAAGGAAAUAGCAUGAUGUUAAGUUUGUGCAGAAUGUCAUUUACAUGCAUGUAGAUAGGUCAAUGCAAUUUAGCUUUGACUUUGGUUUGAUAAGCUUUGUUUAGUGCUUUGAACAUGAUUUUAACAAUGAA